AUGUUUAUGCACCCAGGUGAUUACACUGUCAUUGAGGGUCUCAAGCAAGACUGCAAGACAGAUAUGCGUCUACAUCAGCAGGAUAUUAUCUUUGAUGGAAGUGAUAAUGAUGAAGAUAUGUUGGAUGCAUCUCUUGAGGUGACGCUGAAAAAAAAAAUCCUUCAAGAUAGAUGUCAAGUGAUUGUCUCACCAACCAACCAGUUGUCAAACAAUAUUGCGGAAAUGUUGAAGAACUACACUGAGAAUUUACUUCCGAUCUUUAUUUUUACAUACAAAGGUGAUAAAUUCACAAAUAAGGAAGUGGAAGAAUUGACCCUGUUGCAACAGUUGUCCAGUCUCCAGGCGGUCCUUUUUGUCCGUGUACCUCCUCCUGGUCAGCAGCCAAUUGAUAAUGAUCCUCCUGAUGGUGCACCAACAGAAUGCAGUUUUUUCGUUUUUUCUCUUCUCACUCUUCUUUCUUUUCUCUCACUCUUCCCUUUCUCUUUUUUACACUCUUCAUUCUUCUCUCUCUCUCACUCUUCCUUCCUCUCUCUCUCAGUCUCACUCUUCCUUCCUCUCUCUCUCACUCUUCUUUCCUCUCUCUCUCACUCUUCCUUCCUCUCCUCUCCUCUUCCUUCCUCUCCUCUCCUCUUCCUUCCUCUCACUCUCACUCUUCCUUCCUCUCACUCUCACUCUUCCUUCCUCUCACUCUCACUCUUCCUUCCUCUCACUCUCACUCUUCCUUCCUCUCACUCUCACUCUUCCUUCCUCUCUCUCUCACUCUUCCUUCCUCUCACUCUCUCUCUUCCUUCCUCUCUCUCUCUCUUCCUUCCUCUCUCUCUCUCUUCUUCCUUCUCUCCUCUCAUUCUCUCUCUCUUCCCUUCCUCUCUCUCUCUCUUCCUUCCUUCCUCUCUCUCUCUCCCCUUCCUUCCUCUCUCUCUCUCUCCUCUUCCUUCCUCUCUCUCUCUCUUCCUUCCUCUCUCUCUCACUCUUCCUUCCUCUCUCUCUCUCUUCCCUUCUCUCUCUCUCUUCCUUCCUCUCUCUCUCUCUCUUCCUUUCCUCUCUCUCUCCUCUUCCUUCCUCUCUCUCUCUCCUCUUCCUUCUCUCUCUCUCUCUCUUUUCCUUCCUCUCUCUCUCUUCCCUUCUCUCUCUUCCUUCCUCUCUCUCUCUCUUCCUUCCUCUCUCUCUCUCUCUCCUUCCUCUCUCUCUCUCCCUUUCCUUCCUCUCUCUCCCUUCCUCUCUCUCUCUCUCUCUCUCUCUCUCCUUCCUCUCUCUCUCUCUUCCUUCCUUUCUCUCUCUUCCUUCCUUCCUCUCUCUCUCUCUUCCUUCCCUUUCUCUCUCUCUUCCUUCUCUCUCUCUUCCCUCCCUCUUCCUUCCUCUCUCUCUCUCUCUCCCCUUCCUUCCUCUCUCUCUCUCUCUCCUUCCUUCCUCUCUCUCUCUCUCUCACACUUCCUUCCUCUCUCUCUCUCUCUUCCUUCCUCUCUCUCUCUCUCUCUCUCACUCUUCCUUCCUCUCUCUCUCUCUCACUCUUCCUUCCUCUCUCUCUCUCUCACUCUUCCUUCUCUCUCUCUCUCCUCUUCCUUCCUCUCUCUCUCUCUCACUUUUCCUUCCUUCCUCCUUUCUUCUCUCUCUCUUCCUUCCUCUCUCUCUCUCUCUCCUCCUCUCCUUCUCUCUCUCUCACUUUCCUUCCUUUCUCUCUCACUUUCCUUUCUCUCUCUCUCUCUCUCUUUUCUUCCUCCCUCUCUCUCUCUCUCCUUUCCUUCCUCUCUCUCUCUCUCUCUCUUUCCUUCCUCUCUCUCUUCCUUCCUUUCUCUCUCUCUCUCUCUCUUUCCUCCUCUCUCUCACUUUCCUUCCUCUCUCCUUUCCUUUCUCUCUCUCUCUCUCUCUCUCUUUCUUCCUCUCUCUCUCUCUCUCUCCUCUUCCUUCUCUCUCUCUCUCUCCUCUUCCUUCCUCUCUCUCUCUCCUCUUCCUUCUCUCUCUCUCUCUCUUCCUCCUCUUCCUUCCUCAUUCUCUCUCUCUCCUCUUCCUUCCCUCCUCUUCCUUCCUCUCUCUCUCUCUCUCCUUCCUCUCUCUCUCUCUCUCUCUCUCCUCUUCCUUCCUCUCUCUCUCUCUCUUCCUUCUCUCUCUCUCUCUCUUCCCUUCCUCUCUCUCUCUCCUUCCUUCUCUCUCUCUCUCUCUCCUUUUCCUUCCUCUCACUUUUCCUUCCUCUCUCUCUCUCUCUCCUCUCCUUCCUCUCUCUCUCCUUUCCUUCCUCUCUCUCUCUCCUCUCCUUCCUCUCUCUCUCUUUCCUUCUCUCUCUCUCCUUUCCUUCCUUCCUCUCUCUCUCUCUCUCUCACUUUCCUUCCUCUCUCUUCCUUCCUCUCUCUCUCUCUCUCUCUCUCUCUCUUCCUCCCUUCCUCUCUCUCUCUUCCUCUCUCUCUCUCUCUUCCUUCCUCUCUCUCUCUCUUCCUUCCUCUCUCUCUCUCUUCCCUCUCUCUCUCUCUCUCUCUCACACUCUUCCUUCCUCUCUCUCUUCCUCUCUCUCACUCUUCCUUCCUUCCUUCCUCUCUCUCUCACUCUUCCUUCCUCCCUCUCUCUUUCUUCACUCUCUCGUUCUUCUCCUCUCUCUCUCACUCUUCCUUCCUCCCUCUCUCUUUCUUCUCUCUCUCGUUCUUCUCUUCUCUCUUUCACUCUCUCGUUCUUCUCUUCUCUCUUUCACUCUCUCGUUCUUCUCUUCUCUCUUUCACUCUCUUGUUCUUCUCUUCUCUCUCUCAUGUCUUUAUAAGAGAUGGGGUGGAGCUGACUGAAGAGGAAGAACUGAAAACUGCUUCUGAUGUGAAAUUGUGUACAAGUCAAAUCCAAAACUUAGUGCUGAGAGAACUAAACAUUGCAAUUGCAGAUAAAUUAAUUAAUUCUGUUAAUGUUCUCAAAGAACUCUAUACAGGGACACUAACCAGGACUUUAGAAAAUCUGGAAGCUUGUGAGGCUGAAUUUAUAGAUGGUGCUAAAACUACAGAUGCCUUAAAACAAAUUUUGAAUGCUGCUUAUCAUGUGGAAAUUACUUUUGAAUCCAGUUCAUCAUUCAUGCGUUUAUUGCUUGAAAGGAUGAAACAGUUAAUUUUAUCUAUGCCUUGGAAUACACCACCACGAGUUGACCUUGCCUGGAAGAGAAAGGUUGCCAUCGACAUGUUAAGCAAUUUAUGUGAGACCAGGCUUGCCAAAAGCAUUGCUUCCCAAAUCCAAACACGCUUGAACAAAUCACACUCAUCAUUUACUGCUGCCCUGAAACAGCUUGAAUCCAAGCAUUCUGGCCGAAUGGAUAAAAUAGAAGUUGAAAGGAUAAGGUUAAGAAAGAUCCAUGCUCCCAAAGUAGCCAAAUUGGCAUUGGAGAGCUCUUCUCUAAAAGAUAUGGUUCUUUAUGGUGUACCUCGAAUGGGUCGUGAAAUUGGCCGAGGACAGUAUGGAGUUGUCUACGCUUGUGAAGCUUGGGGUAAUCAUGCCCCUUGUGCCAUCAAGUCUGUUGUGCCACCUGAUGAAAAACACUGGAAUGAUCUGGCAAUGGAACUUUUCUAUACCAAGAAUAUUCCAGAACAUGAUCGUAUUGUUUCCCUGCGUGGUUCAGUGAUUGACUAUCUUUACUGUGGUGGUUUGUCUCCUGCUGUUCUCCUGGUCAUGGACCGUUUGCAAAGAGAUCUACACUCGGCUCUUAAACAGCAACUUGACUGGGCAAGCAGGUUGCAAGUUGCAAUUGAUGUUGUUGAAGGGAUCCGAUUUCUCCACAGUCAAGGACUUGUUCAUAGAGACAUUAAAAUGAAAAACGUUCUGAUGGACAAAAAAAAUCGCGGAAAGCUGACUGAUUUGGGUUUUUGUAAACCCGAGGCUAUGAUGAGUGGAAGUAUUGUGGGUACUCCAAUUCACAUGGCUCCAGAACUCUUCACAGGUCGAUAUGACAAUACUGUUGAUGUGUAUGCAUUUGGAAUUCUCUUCUGGUACCUAUGUUCAGGCAAAGUCCAAUUGCCUCAGGCAUUUGAUGAAUGCUUUAACAAGGACCACUUAUGGCAUUCAGUCAAACGAGGUUUAAGACCAGAACGAUUACAGACAUUCAGCAAUGCAUGCUGGGAUAUAAUGACACAGUGUUGGCAUGGCGAUCCUUCUCAGCGCCCUCUUUUGGGCAUUGUAGAAAACAAACUGCGUGAAAUUCAAAAGACUUUUUUGGCCAGUAUUGAAACUGUAAAUGCCAAUAAAAUAUCUACAAAAAAUGAUAGUAAAAAUAUAAAUUGGUACAGUAAAAGACCACAAAAUCAACGUUAA